AUGCUCCGAGGCACGCCAGGACUAGGCCUCAGGGAACUGAAGCGGAGUGAGGGUUCUGUAGAGGACUUGGGGCGCUCUUGCCCCAAGGCUGGCAGGAAUUUUGGAGCGCUGAAUCGCAGCCUGGAUGAGGCAGAGGAGGCGGCAGGCAGAAGGCGCGAGCGGCCCACCCGGUCAAAGGCGCGGCGCAUGGCUGCCAACGUGCGGGAGCGUAAGCGCAUCCUGGAUUACAACGAAGCGUUCAACGCUCUGCGCCGGGCGCUGCAGCACGACCUGGGUGGCAAGCGGCUCUCCAAGAUCGCCACGCUGCGCAGGGCCAUCCACCGAAUCACUGCGCUCUCCCUGGUCCUGCGUGCCAGCCCGGCGCCCCGCUGGCCCUGCAGCCACCUGGAGUGUCAUGGCCAGGCUGCUCACGGCUCAGGCGCGGGGGACUCCGGCGUCAGUGCUCCUCGGUCCGCGCCGCCGCCCGCAGCGCCUGGCCUCGUGCGCAGGGAUGUCACCAACUCUUUAGUGCCGCCUGCACCGCGCUGCGCUUCUUGCUCCCCGCACGCGCACUUGGGGCGGCCCAGGGUGGUGGCUGAAGGGCCCAGUUUGGCCCAGGCCUCCGGGGGAAGCUGGCGACGAUGUCCCGGGGCUCCCCCUGUUGGACCGAUUCCGUGGCGGUGGGGCUCCGGGAUGGGCUACCAGCACUCCUGA